AAUUUGUCAAUUGGUUAAUGUUUUAAGCGACAUGAUUGUAACGUUUGUACGAUGUUGUAAUUAAUUAACAAAAUGCCUAAAGUUGUUUCAAGAAGUGUAGUGUGUACGGACACCAAAGAUCAGGAGGAAUACCAGGGAGAAAAACCUCUAUAUGUAUACUACUGUAUUUGUGGUCAAAUGUCUCUUAUUUUAGAUUGUGCAAUGGAUAAGUUACCAAUGAGAAGAAGAGAUAAUGCAAGAGUAAUAGACAGUCAGAAACAUGCACAUAGACUAACCUGUGAACCAGAUGAUAUUGUGUUUCUGAGAAGACCGGAAGGCAUAGAGAAACAAUAUAGACAGAAAUGUAAAAAUUGUGGACUAUGGUUGUGUUAUCAUCACCAAGGUAACAGUAAUGUGAUGUUUAUUGUUGAAAAUGCAUUGAAGAGGGAUGCAGCAAAAACAGAUGUUUAUAGUCAGAUUUCAAAAUCUAAAAAAGUAACACUGACUAAACAUACCAAGAACAUGGGUAAAUUCAGUUCAGUAACAGUAUCAACAGUGGAAGAUGAAGAAGAUGAAUUAGAAGCUAAAGAAAUAGCUGACUCAUAUGCUGCUAAUGCCAGAGUAAUAGAGAAGCAGUUAAUAAGAAAAGGAAUGAAUAAAAGAAAGCUGAUGGAAGAGGCUGAAGAGGCAAAGAAAAAGACAAAAGGAACACUGAUUGACAAGACGUGAGAACCAUAGUCAUGUGAUAUAGUCAUGUGACUGUCUGUAAAUAUAAACAAUAUACAAUGUAUAUAACAUGGACAUCUUUUGUACAAUAAGUUUUAUUCAUGCUUUGAUAUGAGUUGUUGUUAUAAAGAUUGAAUAUAGAAGUUUGUACUGAGACCUAUGGAUUGUAAAAACUUGCAUUUCCAACAUAUGCUCAUAAAAUUUAUCAUUAUUUGUAUGUAGGAAUAUGUAUCUGCUAUGUUUUAACUGUGGAUUCAUUUAUUUUCGUAGGUAUUAAUUUUCAUGGAUUGAGGAAAUCUUGUAUUUUCAGAUUCCUUGAACAUUUAAAUUUGUGAUUCACCUGCCUGUACCAAUGAAAACCACCAAAAUUGGUAUGAUACCACAAAAAAUAAUGAAUCCACAGUAUGCUUUAUAGUUUGCAUAUAAUUCUAAAGAUGUAGAAAUGUUUCAUGUGAUGUUUAAUAUUAAGCUGUCAUUUUUGAAGCAACAUUUUCCAUAGCUUUCAUGGAAACAAAUUUCUAUUAUAAAUGUCAUAAAACUUUUGUUAAACUUCUAUGAAAUUGAGGAUUGAGAAUGAGGCAGUAAGAAUAAAAUUAUGAUUGAUGGUGUAAAGUGAGAUUGGAGAGAUGUUAGUGUGUAGAAAGAAAGUGAAGUAGUAUGUUUCUUUAAAUUGGUUGUCAUUAAUGUGUCAACAAAAAAAAGGAAGUUUUAUUUUAUUCAUGUUUUAAGAUAAAAUUGAUGAUUGUAAAAAUCAAGAUCCAUUUUUGUAUAAAAAUAUUGAGAAUUCAA